GGACAUGAACAAGAUGAUGAGAUGGUAAACUUGACUGCACAUUUAUUUCACGAGGAAGGAAACGUUUGAGCUGGAAAACUGGACUCUCCGGGGCAAACAAAAGGGGAAGGGAUCUUAUCACAGAGUUGGAUUCCCGGCGGUCCAAUUGCCAUGGACGAGCAGUUCAUCCUCCGCGUGCCCCCAUCCGUGGCGGAGCGGAUCGAGCGUCUUAUGAGCGAAUCUGCCGCCGGCUCGUCCUCCAACCCCGACGACGCCUCCCUCGACCUCUCCUUCUCAGAGGAUGGAAGGAGUGGCACAUUUAUGAUUGGUAACCAGAGGUUUCCUGCAUCUCUCUUGGAUCUCCCAACCGUUGUGGAGUCAUAUAAGACAUAUGAUGAUUCCUUUUUAGUUAAAACUGCUGAUGUUGGUCAGAUGGUAAUGGUAAGAGAAGAAGAUGAUCCUGCUCCAGAAGGAGUUGAAUACAAGCAUGGACUUACUCCUCCAAUGAGGGAUGCACGCAGGCGACGUUUUCGCAGAGAGCCUGACUUGAGUGCAGAGCUUGUUCACCGAGUUGAGAAGGAUCUUAUGAGUAUUAUGCAAGGAGUGCCUGUCAACCAGAAUGCUAGUGCAACUGGACGUGGUGAAGGCGGUGAUCGCAAGAAAGCUGCACCAGCUCCUGUACCCAAGCCUGACGUUCAAGAGCCUGCUGCAAAUCGCGAAGAAGCUGACGCUGAUAGGAGCGACUCUGAUGAGUCGGACAGCUGAAGUGGACCAGAAUAGACAGUGCAGCUUCAGUUGGCCGAGCAAACCCAGUGUAUGUAUAUAAGGCAAUUCAGAUCAAAGAAUGCGCGCGCUUGUUGUCUUCUCCUGUACUGACUAUCAUCUCAUCAGCAAUAAUAAGAGUAUGACUUUGCAUUC